AUGCGUUCAUGGUGGGGAAAGUCAUCAUCUAAAGAAGUGAAGAAGAAAACAAACAGGGAAAGUUUCAUUGAUACAAUACACAGAAGAUUUAAGGGCCCAUCUGAUGGUAGACGGUCUGGAGGUUCUCGAAGACGGUGCAGUGACACGGUUUCAGAGAGGGGAUCUCAAUCUCGAGCAGAAUCACGAUCACCAUCACCUUCAUCGAAACAUGUUUCUAGGUGUCAAAGUUUUGUUGAGAGGCCCCAUGCCCAACCACUUCCCCUUCCUGUUGUGCACUCUGCAAGUGUGGGGCGUACAGACUCUGGAAUUGGUAUGUUGACAAAACCAAGAUUGGAAAAGGGUGCAAAAUCACCAUUGUUGUUGCCUCCCCCAAGAUCAGGAUGCAUUCGUAAUAGGCCAAAUCCAACAGAUUUAGAUGGGGAUUUGGCCACUGCUUCGGUUUCCAGUGAGAGCUCCACUGAUAGUGAAGAUCCUGCUGACUCCAGUCAUCGUAGUCCUCUGGCAACUGACUAUGACCUGGGGACCAGAACUACUGCUAGCAGCCCUUCCAGUGCAAUGCUUAAGGAUCACUGCUCUACUGUCAGCCAAAUGAACUCAAGAGAGGCAAAGAAACCAGCUAACCUUUCUUUUGGUAAUCAUACCUCCCCUACGUCACCUAGACGGAGACCUAUAAGCAGUCAUGUGCCGAAUAUACAGGUUCCACCACACGGUGCUUUCUACAGUGCUCCAGACAGCUCCAUGUCAAGUCCUUCCAGAAGUCCUAUGAGAGCAUUUGGCACUGAGCAAAUAAACUCUGCUUUCUGGGCAGGGAAGCAAUACUCGGAUGUCAAUUUACUAGGAUCUGGCCACUGUUCCAGUCCUGGUUCAGGUUACAAUUCUGGACAGAAUUCAAUGGGAACGGAUAUGUCAGGAUUACUCUGGCAACAAAGCAGGGGUAGCCCUGAAUGUUCCCCGAUACCUAGUCCUAGAAUGACUAGCCCUGGUCCCAGCUCCAGAGUCCAGAGUGGUGCUGUUACACCGAUUCAUCCUAGAGCGGGAGGGACAAUUGAGUCCCAGUCAAGCUGGCCAGAGGAUGGGAGAAAACAAAGUCAUCCAUUACCCCUCCCUCCUGUAACAGUUUCCAGCCCCUCUCCAUUUUCUCAUUCAAACUCAGCAGCAGCAUCUCCUUCUGUGCCACGAAGUCCCGGAAGGGCAGAAAAUCCAACAAGCCCUGGAUCACGCUGGAAAAAAGGAAAGCUUCUGGGUAGAGGCACAUUUGGACAUGUCUAUGUUGGAUUUAACAGUGAAAGUGGCGAAAUGUGUGCAAUGAAAGAGGUGACAUUGUUUUCAGAUGAUGCCAAGUCAAAAGAAAGUGUUAAGCAAUUGAUGCAGGAAAUUUCUCUUUUAAGCCGCUUACGGCACCCGAACAUUGUGCAGUACUAUGGAUCUGAGACGGUUGGUGACCGACUGUAUAUAUACUUGGAGUAUGUAUCUGGGGGGUCCAUAUAUAAACUUCUCCAGGAGUAUGGUGAAUUGGGUGAGCUAGUUAUUCGCAGUUAUACCCAGCAAAUCUUGUCCGGACUAGCCUUUUUGCAUUCUAAAAGCACUGUCCACAGAGAUAUCAAAGGAGCAAACAUACUUGUGGAUCCAAAUGGUCGUGUUAAAUUAGCUGAUUUUGGCAUGGCAAAACAUAUCACUGGGCAGUCGUGUCCACUGUCAUUCAAAGGAAGCCCUUAUUGGAUGGCACCUGAGGUUAUAAAGAACUCAAAUGGUUGCAAUUUGGCUGUGGAUAUAUGGAGUCUUGGAUGCACUGUUUUGGAAAUGGCUACUACAAAACCACCUUGGAGCCAGUUUGAAGGGGUUGCUGCCAUGUUUAAAAUUGGAAAUAGCAAGGAUCUCCCAGCAAUUCCAGAGCACCUCUCAGCUGAGGGGAAGGAUUUUGUAAGGAAAUGUUUGCAACGCAAUCCAUUACAACGUCCUACAGCUUCCCAGCUUUUAGAGCAUCCUUUUGUAAAAUCAGCUGCACCUUUGGAAAGACCAAUUCUGAGCCCUGAUCCUACAGAUCCACCCCCUGGGGUUACAAUUGGAGUUAAAGCUGUGGUAUUUCCUUUGUUCAUGUUGUUCCUUUCAUUUCUGCUGAGUUUUGCAGUCCUGUAUAGUAGAGUGCUUUCACUGGAUUUGUGGAAAGAAGUUUGCUCUAAUUUCUCACAUGUUAAUGAAGUUGAUAAGCUGAUGUAUGUCUGGGGUUUGGAGGUUACACAAUCUGUAGAUUGCCUUGUUCAUGGAGGUGAAUUGGUUAUUCCCAUUGAUGACCUGGAGAUGCACGGCAUUAAUCAAGCAAGAAAUUAUCCCACCUUGGAUUCAGAGAGACUAGCAGUUCAUUCAUCUAGAGUUUCAAAAACUGGUCUACAUGCCAGUGAUUUACAUAUUCCGAGGAACAUAUCAUGCCCUGUUUCUCCCAUCGGAAGCCCUCUCUUGCAUUCGAGGUCCCCACAACACCUAAAUGGAAGAAGGUCUCCUUCACCAAUAGCUAGCCCGCGGACCACUUCAGGAUCGUCGACGCCUCUGACUGGUGGCACUGGUGCCAUACCUUUUAAUCACUUGAAACAUUCAGUUUGCUUCCAAGAGAGUUUUGGAAACAUGUCAAAUCACUCAAAUGGCAUAUAUGUAAAUGGGUUCGCUUAUCAUGAUUCCGGUCUUGAUCUUUUUCGAGGAAUGCAGCCAGGUUCUCCCAUCUUCUCAGAGCUGGUUCCAUGUGAAAAGGAUGUCAUAGGAAAGCAGCUUGGAAGGGCUACUCAAGGGGAACCUUAUGAUGGACAGUCAGUCUUGGCUGAUCGAGUUUAUCGGCAGCUUUUGAGUGAUCCUGGGAAAAUGAAGCCGUCUCUGGAUCUAAGUCCCAACUCUCCUUUACCCAGUCGAACUGGAGCUGAGGAAACUAGCAUGUUCAAUAAGGGGAAGGAAAUGUGGGAUGAGGACAGAAGUUUAUCAUUGGAUAUUCAGAAUCCUUUCUUGUUGAAAAAACUGAUAGAUGCCAUUGCAAUUGCUGCUCAGCAGUGA